AUGACUGGCACCGACCAAGUUCCUAAGGAUGAUCCGAAAGUUGCACCACGUACGGUAAUUGAACAACUCAUCUUGGCUGACGAGGUGCUGGACAAGAACAUCGCCGUAGCGCCAGGCCAAAUUGACGAGAAAUAUCGCACGACCAAACGCGAAAUCUGGGCAUAUUAUGCCUAUUACAUCGGAAACAAUGGACUGUCCCUAUUCAAUUUUGCUCCAACAGCCUUCCAAAACCUCCUUUACCAAGCUGCCGGAGAAAGCGGAACCCUCGUUUUCCUCGGCAAAACCCGAUCAAUCAACAGCGUCGUUCUCUUAAGCAACGGCAUCUCAUUCGCAAUCCAGAUUAUGGUCUUCCUCGUAAUCGGCAGCUUCGCCGAUUUCGGAAAUUGGAGACCAAAUAUCCUCAUUGCCCUCUCGGUAAUCGCGUACGCGAUCGGCCUCGCCUGGUUGGGUGUCCAUACCGAAGACAAGUGGCAUAUAGGUGUCGGUCUCUAUAUCGUCGGACUGAUCGCCUACCAAACUACAUUGACAUUUUGGACGGCUGCAUUCCCUUCCCUUGCUAGGAAUACCGUGGAAAUGACAACUCAUGCUGAUGAUCUUGCUUCUGGUAGAAUUUCGAGGGAGGAAUAUGAAUUUGCAGAUACAAUGAAGAGGAGUCAAUUGGCGAAUGUUGCGUUUUAUGUCCAGUCGGUGGGGGAGGUUGGGAUUCUGGCUGUUAUUGUGGGGAUCAUGUUUGGGGUUGAUGUUAAUGCGAGCACGGCGAACAAUAAUUGGGGGUUGAGUGUGCUUAUUGCUUUUGCGAGUGGAGUUUGGUUGAUUUUUUCGUUGCCUUGGUUCUUUUUGGAAAAGAGGAGACCUGGUCAGGAUCCUGGAAGGAGGAAUAUUGCUCUCGCUGGGUUGUCGCGGCUUUCGUAUACUAUACGUCAGGUUUUCCAGUUGAAGCAGGCCUUGCUAUAUCUUGUUGGUUACUUCUUGCUGGGUGAUUCUCUGAACACGACUGUUACUGUGAUUUCCACUCUGCAAAAUAGCAUUGUGGCAUACAAUACAUUACAAUUAACAUACCUCCUGAUCGUUGGCAUCGCAGCCCAGGUGAGUACCAUCUGGAGUACUGAUAAGCCGGGAUCUAACUUGCUAUCGCAGGCUGUUGGAAUUUACGCGUUCUGGUUCAUCCAACAACAAUAUAAAUUCGGUACAAAGACCAUGUUCAAUGCUAUUGCGUUCUCUAUCAUUCUCCUGGACGGCUGGGGUAUGAUAGGCAUUUGGACUAGCAAAUUUGGUUUCCAUCACGAAUGGGAAGUGUGGUUUUACCAAGCCUUCUACGGUCUCCUGAUCUGCCCCUGGUACAGUUACUCGCAAAUUAUGAUAUCCGAAGUGACUCCCCGAGGCUAUGAAUAUCUCUUUUUUAGUCUGUUCAGCAUUGUCGGAAAAACUUCCUCAUUCAUUGGACCAAUUGUCUCCAGCGCUAUUAUCGAUGCCUCGCCUUCCGGAAAUACAUCGAUGCCAUUUUACUUCCUGUUCGCAUUGAGCCUGUUGAGUUUCGUGAUCUUGUUCGAGGGAGUGGAUCUGAAGAAGAGCCGGCUAGAGCAGGAGCAAUUCUUGGAAGCGAAUAAGCGAAAAAUUGGAGGGUAA